ACUUCCUACGGGCUGAUCAGUCGUGCGUAGCACUCGGCACGCGUUGCGUCUUUUCGUUUGUUUCUCUUGGACUUUUUAAGGAUCGCAUCGUUUUCAUCCACCCGCUUGUACUCUUCCUUUCUCUCGCUUCGCUUUGCCUCUUCUCCAUUUUCCUUUUUGCUCUUUCUUCCUUCCUCGCUCUUACUGUCGCACCCCUUUCUUCCUCUUAUCCUUCGUUCUUUGUUUCCCCCAUAUUUCUUGCUCCCCUCUUCUCUGCCGCCGUACCUGUCUUCUAUUUUCAUCCUUUUCUGUUUCCCUUUCUGUUUAACACAUCUAACUCCAUUCAACCUUUCGAUGCUCCGAGAAUUAGAAUAACACGGAUUUGUCGUUCCGAGUGAAAGUCGUGCUUUUCGUUGCAACGGAUCCGAAUGCCGCAAGUGAAGUCUAUUCGCCAACAUCCAUGUUGAUUUUAGUGUAAACUUGACGCCUGGUGUUGCUGCCCUCAAGGUGUAGAGAUUUUAAAAGUUAUCACUGUUUCGAGUUGGGUGGUCUGCUUUUUUGAACUUCGAUUGGGCUACCGAACAUAAUCAAGGAAACUGUGUACAUCAUACGUGAUACGAGUGAUUCAGUGAAUGAAUUAUUGCGCGUGCUUCCUGGUUUCGUUUUCGACAAAUAAAGUUUCUCUGCGAUACGGGUAAUAUCUGUUCGAGCCUUGGAGACGUGUGUUCCGACUCACCACGUGUCGCUUUCUACAACGAACAACGAAUAACAGAGAACAAACUCGUGAGUUUCAACCGCCAACCCUACAUCUUCUUACCUUGCGUCUUCGUGACUGAAUGUUCGAUUCACGUGACUCUUCUGCUGCUAUCGAUGCCGAGAUCGUUACUGGACAACGUUACCAUCAUACUCUCGAACGUUUUCUCCCCUUGCACCAGCUACCUUUGACUCGAUGCAAGUGGCACUCCUACGGAAGGAACGAGGAUCGAUAUUUACAAGAUCUCGGCCGCUUCAGAUUCAGUCGUUCGUCAUCGAGCGUUCACAAUGGCCGUUCGUUUAUGACGAAUCCAGCGCGUAUAAGAAGCGACGAGCAAAGCGGCGGAACGGCAGCGGUGUCGUCCGGAAUCGAAGGCCGGAGAAGCAGCGGCGAGAGCGUGCCAGUGCCGGUGCCGGUAUCGGUGCCGGUGCUCGUGCCUCUCGACGGACCGAGGAAACAGGGACGAGAGACUACGUUUCCUUUCUGCCAGGUGCGCUCGUAUCCCCAUCCAAAGUGGCUAAGAGCGUAAGUCCUCAUCGAGUGCACCAGGAGUGCUCGAGCGGAGGGGAGGUGCAGGUACAGGUGCAGCAGGAGAGACGAGCACCGAGGCGCAUGCCUUACCUGGGGCCUGAUAUGACAACCCGGCUAUCCGCCAUGUUUUACACGGUUGAAGUCGGGGACACCAGAUUCACCAUUCUCAAGCGGUAUCAAAACCUAAAGCCAAUCGGUUCCGGGGCACAGGGGAUCGUUUGCGCGGCGUACGACACGGUGACCGCGCAAAAUGUCGCGAUCAAGAAACUCUCCAGACCUUUUCAGAACGUGACGCACGCGAAGAGAGCUUACAGGGAAUUCAAACUUAUGAAGCUGGUCAAUCAUAAAAACAUAAUCGGUUUGUUGAACGCGUUCACACCGCAACGGUCGUUGGAUGAGUUUCAAGACGUGUACUUGGUGAUGGAGCUUAUGGACGCGAACCUGUGCCAGGUGAUUCAGAUGGAUCUGGAUCACGAGCGUAUGUCCUACCUGCUUUAUCAGAUGCUGUGCGGCAUCAAGCACUUACACUCGGCCGGUAUCAUUCACAGGGAUUUGAAGCCGAGCAAUAUCGUGGUAAAGGCAGACUGUACGCUGAAAAUUCUCGACUUUGGUCUGGCUAGGACCGCUGGGACAACCUUCAUGAUGACGCCGUACGUGGUGACGCGAUACUACAGGGCGCCGGAGGUGAUCCUCGGGAUGGGAUACAAGGAGAACGUGGACAUUUGGUCGGUCGGAUGCAUAAUGGGCGAAAUGAUUCGGGGUGGUGUGCUGUUUCCCGGCACGGAUCACAUCGACCAGUGGAACAAGAUAAUCGAGCAACUGGGAACACCGGCGCAGGAAUUCAUGCAGCGGCUGCAGCCAACGGUCAGGAAUUACGUUGAGAACAGGCCGCGGUAUCCGGGAUAUCCGUUCGACAGGUUAUUCCCGGACGUUCUGUUUCCAUCGGACUCGUCGGAGCACAACCGAUUGAAAGCCAGCCAAGCCAGGGAUCUAUUGUCGCGCAUGCUCGUGAUCGACCCCGAGCGACGCAUCUCCGUUGACGAUGCUUUGCUGCACAAUUACAUAAACGUGUGGUACGACGAGGGCGAAGUCAAUGCCCCUGCACCAGGCCCCUAUGACCAUAGCGUGGACGAGAGGGAACACACGGUGGACCAGUGGAAAGAGCUGAUUUACCAGGAGGUGAUGGAGUACGAGACGAGCCACAAUCCGGCGACGGUGGCUCAAACGUCCGAGAGUGGUGAUUCUCGGUAGACACGCAAGAACCUUACCACCUUUCGCGUCAGGGGCGCACCUAGACUGUCCGAUCUAUUAUACGUACAUAUAUAUACACACGCGUGCGCGAACACCUACCCGCCCACGCACAUACACGUACACAGGCCCACGACAUAUUACGACAGAUGCGUGUGUAUAUGUAUGCAUGUAUGUAUGAAUAUAUAUACAUAUACAUACAUAUACAAAUAUAUAUAUAUAUAUAUAUAUAUAUAUACAUAUAUACAUAUAUAUAUAUAUAUAUAUAUAUAUUUAUAUAUAUAUAUUCGCGGAAAUGUAAAGAAAGGAAGCGACGAUUAGGAACAGUUUCACGUCCAUGGAAAAGACGUACGUUAAACGAAGAGCCGUUUUCGUUCGAGACAAAGAAGAUCGCGGAACGAAUGAAACCAGGAUAGAAAAGGAAAGUGCGAGAGAGAGAGAGAGAGAGAGAGAGAGAGAGAGAAUGUGUGUGUACGCGUGUGAGAGGACGAGAGCGAGAUCGAGCACGACCGAGCAGGAGUGUGUGCGAGAAGCAAGGAGAGAAAAUGUGAGAUGGAGCGAAAGGUAAAAUGGUAAAGCGCUUAUUUGCGAGGAAAGAGCGAAAAGGAAAGAAAAUAGUCGGCAACAGAGAGAGAAAUAUGUCGUUCGCGCGGACGUACGAGGCAUAACGAGCGCGCGUUUGCGAAAACGUAUAUGCGAUAGGAAUCCCUGCAACAACCAAAGCAUCGACGCGAUUCGGAGGUCCGCCAACGAACGCGUUCACUCGACAAACAGGAUACAUAUGUACCGCGCGACGUUCGUCGUUGUUCUCGCUCGGUCUUCUUGUUCCGCUUUCCGAGCGUAUCUCCUUUGUGCGGGAAACGCGCAUUCGUUCGCAACGAACGUUCUCCGCGAUCGAGCUUACAAUUAGUUGAAAAGCUUGCAACACACGCGUCGCCGAUCGAUCCAGAACUCUGGAAUAUCCCGUUUUCCAAACCGACCUAACGCAACUGGUUUGUUGUAUCUGGUCGCGUCUCACGUGCUCCAGUCGCGUCUCACGUGGUCCGGUCGCGUCGCGAACCAAACCGAACGAGAGUUCUAUGCUCCUUCGCCUUUUUUUGUCCUCUUGUUUCUUCCUCGUUGUCCUUUUCACCUACCACACUUACUUUCUUCUUUCGCUCUUCUACGAUCAGAAAUCAGACAAUUGGUUUAAACGAAAAUAUGCCGAUGAAAACGAUAAACUGCCGAAAAGAUUUAUCUUAGUUCGCGAUCGUGCCGCGCAUCUUUUCAUUACUGCCAUCGUAUCGAACGAGCCGCUCUUUUUUCUCCCUGAUCGCGCGCGAUCGAUUCGUCGACCCGUCGCGUUUGUUGCAGCGAACGUGCAACGAAACGCGAUGACGAUUGAUUUUCUCCGGAGCAGCAUCUUUGUACUCGCGUGUCUGUUAGAUGAUCGAGGAAAACUCGUCGCGACGUUGGUUCGCGGCAAUAACGACGCGCGGGCAACACGCGGAUGGAACGCGAUAAAAGCGUACUUGAAUGAUUCGAAGAAAGUGACGUACGAUGAGAGAGUGAUAGAGGGGGGAGGGGGGGGAGGCAACGAGUAAGUAAGUCACAUAGUCGAUCGAAACGAAUACAAUUUUCUACGUAAUUCCAAAAGCGUCCAAAGUACAGGGUGUCGCUGAAUACAAGAGCUCGAGCAUUCCCUUUUCAAAAUCCGAAUUUCGAUUUACCGUGAUUACGCGUUUAAUCGUCGAGCGAGAACAUUGUGUGUAUUUUUAUAUGCGACUCGAAAUGCGUGCUUUUGUCUCAUCGUUUUCGUGCGCUCGUACGCCACCGAUAUUUUAUAACGUUAACUUUGUAAGAUGGAAAGCCGAGAAAGAACACGAAGAGAAAGCGAAGGGAUCCAGCGAUACCUAAAAUAAGCAUCGUCGAGCACGACAAGGCCACAGUCGAAUCCGUUUCUUCGAAAACUGAAAGUGCAAUGUCGCGGCGAUUGAUCCUCGAGUAGCGCGACGAUGUUAUCCGCGGUUAUACUUGUCGAUUGUAUUUAGCUAGAUAGUUCCUUAGGUAAAAACUCGUUUUCCUUGUGCAAUCGUACGAUCGUCGUGCCAUUGGACGACGACGAAUGCCGUCGCGAUGACAA